CAAAAAACUUGGAGUCGGCGGUUAAGUUUAUCGUACGGAAAUUCCCAGCAAUAGAGACACGAAACAAUAAUCAACAGCUUACACAGCUUCAAAAAGAAAAGUCUGAAAUACUAAAGAAUCUAGCUCUAUAUUACUUCACAUUUGUGGAUGUCAUGGAAUUCAAGGACCAUGUUUCUGAAUUGCUGAACACUAUUGACGCUUGCCAGGUUUUCUUUGAUGUUACGGUUAACUUUGACCUCACCAAGAAUUACCUUGACUUAGUUGUCACCUACACUACACUAAUGAUGUUACUGUCCCGUAUUGAAGAGCGAAAAGCAAUCAUUGGACUCUACAACUACGCCCAUGAAAUGACACACGGGGCCAGUGACAGGGAAUACCCAAGGCUGGGCCAAAUGAUCGUGGACUAUGAGAAUCCUCUGAAAAAGAUGAUGGAAGAGUUUGUCCCUCAUGGGAAG